GGAGGCCGAACCGGGGGGAUCGCGGAGGCUCGGACGUACCGCUUCCGCCGCCUGCCGACGCCGGCGGAGCUGUGGGCCGCGCUGCGCAGGGGGGCGGCCGAGGGGUUCGGCGUGCUCCCGGCCUCGCCCUUCAAGCUCGACCUCUCGGCCGCGAACUGUGAGGGGCGCCCCGCCGGGCCGCUGGAGGUCGCGGGCCCAGUCGCGGCCCUGGCCCCUGCGGUGGCCCUCGCGGGCGCAGCGGCGGCGCCAGCUGCGGCGGAGCCUGCCGCAGCGGGCGGACCGCCAUUGGCCGCCGCGGCCGUCGUCCCGGCCGCGCCGGAGGGGGCCGCGGCGGCCGCCCCUGGGCGUGCGCCCGCGGUUCCCGACGGCGCCCCCGUCGCUCCGCUGUCCUCCGGGGCUGCGCCGCCAGGCUGGUUGUGGGUCGCCGCCGAGGACGUCGACGGGCUCGCGGCGUACGGGGAGGAGCUCCAGGUGGGUGUCGCCGGCGGGGUGCAGCUGGCCUGGCGUUCAGGACGGCGAGGCGGCUUCUUGCUCCCCGCUGGUGGCGCUGCCUUCGGGGUCCUGCUGCAGCACAGCGAGGUGGCGUACUUCAGGCAGGAGUUCCGGGGCAACGACGCACGGACGCUGGAGGGGCCCGCCGCGGCUGCGGCUUCAAGCGGGCCUGCGCGUGACUGGCGCGAGGUGGUCCAGCUGUGCCACCAGGAGCAGAUGGCCGACUUCGCGGUGCCAGGGCCACGGACUGCCGCUUGGUGUGCGAAGUACCAGGUGAAGGAAGAGCUGCUCGACACUGCGUCGAAGGAUUUGGAGCGCAUCUCAAGCAUCAAGAAGAACGCCAGGAAGCUGAGGGGGGAGCAGGCCGCCGCCGCGAAGGGCGAGCUUCUCACCGAGCUCGUCGUCGCGCUCAAUCAGCUGGAUGCCGGCUCGGACCUCGUUCGCAGGCAGUGCGAGGGCGAGCCCAGCAGGAUGCAGCAGCUAUGCCUGGAGCGCCUCGCCGAAAGCUGCGCGGAGAUUGGCGCUCCGCCUUCUGAUUUGUCGUCCGAGGUGGCCCUCCGGGAGCUCCAGGUCGGCACCGCCUACGGGGGCUGCGACCCCGUCUCGGUGGCCCCCUUCGUGCACGACCUCGUCUCCUUGCCGGCUGUCGGUGGCGCCCUGGUGCCGCUGGACCAGCUGCUCGGGAAGGACGGUCCAGAUAUCGUGCGGAGGUUCAUUUCUUCCAAGGUUUUGUCAAGUCAUGAUGCCGCUGAGGCGAAGAAGGACUCGGGUUUUGCGCGGCCGUACCUGGAUCCAGUUCUCCGUCGGCGUGAAGACUACCUCGCCUUCAUCCGCCGGCUGGGCAAAGCUAACAUGCUGGAUUUCAGGCUCGACGGGGGCGACUUCGAAGAGGUCGGGCUAUUCACAGUUUGGAAGAAGGACGGUCGCCAACGUCUGGUGAUCGAUUGCAGGGGAUCCAGUUUACAUUUUGCAGAACCCAACAAGACCAGCUUCGCUAGCGGGGCCAGCUUCAGUCGCAUGGAGCUUCAAGAGGGUGAGCAGUUGUGGACGGGGGGCGUGGACAUAGCCGACGCGUUCUACAAUAUGGGUUUGCCUGGUGAACUUCGACGCUACUUUGCUCUUUCUCGAUUGCGUGCCGCUGACCUUGGCGUCGAGGUCGUCGAGGGCCAGUCCGUGUCGAGCCGAGCCUGGGUCCGCCCGUGCUUGGCGGUCCUGCCAAUGGGCUGGUCGCACGCUCUCGAUUUCUGUCAGCGGGUGCACCGCUCGAUCGUGCUGGAAAAAGGGGGACUCCCUGGGGCAGCUGAGAUCAUUGACGGACGUCCGCCUGCGGAUGUGAGGGAGGGAGCUUCCACGGCCUACGUCGACAAUUUCGUCGCCUUCGGCACUGGGCCCGAGAGGCCUGGUGAGAUGUUGGACGCAGCUCGAAAGGCCCUGGAGGGUGUGGGCCUGCCGGCGCACCCGACCGAGACGCCUGUCACCGUGUCGGAGCAGCUGGGCUGGGUCUUCGACGGCGAGCGUGAGGCCUUGCGCCCCAAGAGUCGGCGCGUUUGGAGAUUGAGGCUGGGGAUUCUGGAACUCUUGAAGAAGGGGUACGCCACGGGUCGCCAGAUCGGAAAGGUUGCUGGACAUUAUGCCUUCAUCGCUCUCGCUCAGAGGCCUAUGCUCUCCGUCUUCAGCGCCGUAUACAGUUUCUCCCGGAAGUAUUUCUCCCGAGUCAUGAAAAUCCCGCCCUCGGAGCCGGAGAUCGUCGACGACUUCGAGGGGGGGAGCUCGGAGGGCGAGAGGUGGAAGGUGCAGGAGGUUUCGGGCGAGCUGUACGGGGGCAGGUGGCAGGCGGUGUCUAGUGGAGGCGUGCAGGCCUCUGCCCGCUGGAUCCCGUCGGAGCGCAACGUUGCGGAUGCUCCGUCGCGUGGCUGGACGGGGGCGCGGGCGGUGCUGAGCCGGACCUCGACCGCUGGGACGUGCGGGGCGGGAGCCUCCGCAGCCAGCGCGCCGAUGUCGCGGCAGCGGGGGCGGAGCUCGACGAGCUGGCCGUCCGUGGGCCCGCCAGCGGCCCCCUCCGGGGCGCCCGGCGCCCCCCGGCGGCUGCGGGGCAAGCGGGCUGCCGACGGGGGCGAUCCUGUUCUGUCGGCGGUGCGCCGGCCUCGCCACGUCGGGGCGGCUGCUGCCGCCGCGCGGCGGCAGGUGCGCGCGGCGCCGGCGCGGGGAGCUGCUCGCGCGGAUCGCCGGCGGGCGCGGGCUGCGCCCCUGGUCACAGGAGGGGCCAUUCUGCAGGGCGCCUCGGCGACGCCGCAGACGGUCGCGCAGUGCGACGCGCUGUGGCAGGACAUCCUUCGGGCGUGGGCAGCAACUGCUUGCAAGGCGGGCGCCGCCCGAGUGCCCAGCGACGAGGACAUGGACGGCCUGCUUGCCAGCUGGAUGGACCGCGAGCGCUUGGCCUGCGAGCUGUCGCAGCGCGGGGCCAAGGCGAUGGCGGCGGUGAAGUUCUUCCGGCCGCAGUUCAGCCGCGCGGGCGGCCUCUCGCUGCCGCGGGCGGCACAGGCCUUGAAGGGGUGGAAGCGCCUCGCCCCUGGGCGGGCGCGGCUCCCGCUCCCCUGGGAGGUGGUGUCGCUGAUCGCGCUCGAGCUGGUCGCCGCGGGCUUCUGGGCGAUGGCCGCGUGGGUCGCGAUCACUUCCCACUGCUACCUGCGACCCAGCGAGCUGGGGCGGGCCACGCCGGAGAUGAUCAUCGCGCCCACCCCGGGCACGCACAUCUCGAGCUGGGCCAUCGUGCUGCGCCCGUCCGAGGAGGAGGUGAGCAGCAAGACGAGGGAGUUCGACGAGACCGUGGUGUUCGACCUCGCGGAGUUCAGCUUCCUCCACAGCGUGCUCGCGUUCCUCAAGAGGAGCGCGCCGCCAAGGCAGCCUGUGUUCGGCUUCCUGCGCGCGGACCUCGCCCGCCACUUCAGGGCCGCGGCCGCGCGCGCCGAG